AUGUCGAAAUCAAAGACACCGGUAAUACUUCCUGAAGUAACAUUGUCUUCAACGACAACGGACAAAAGUGGUACGGUAUUUCAAAAAGGUAUGAUUUUUCUCCCAAAUUUUUUGAUCCACCUCGAAACAAAAAUCUAUUUGAUUGGAAGAGAAAAUCUUAUCAAAUUAGUAAAAAAUAUUAUGUCAAUUUGAUUGAAUCAGUUACAGAAAAAAGUUCGAAUACUAAAGAAAAAAGAAACGAUCGUCCGAUUCAGUUUUGCUUGGAUUCUUCAAAUUCAUUGGAUACUAUUGAUAAAAAUUCGAAGAUGGAAAAUGGAACCAAUAAUGAAGGUAAGAUUUUUUCAAUUGAAAAAUUAUUAUUUCAAGUUUUGGAUUCACUUUCAAAGUACUGUCAGUUUCAAAACUUGUUUUAUAAAGUUCAAAGUAAGAACAACAUUUUCAUUUUUCCUUUAAAUUCCAAAAAAAAAAAUUGAAAAAGCCAUAAAUUUUUAUCAUAACAUAAAAAGUGUUUAUAUUUUGUGUUGUUUUGUGAGUAAUAAAUAUUGUUUUGUAAAAGGUGUAAAGAUUAGUUGAAAAAAUAAACGAAAAACAAAAAAUGGGAUAUAAUUUUUGCAGGUUCAUCAACUCGAUAUAUUAUUCUAAUUUUCACAAUUCUAUGUCUCACUUCAAUUAUGGCAAAUAUUGUUUGUUUCAAUUUCACAGUUCUUUGUAUGCCAGCUUCUCAUCGAAUUAAUUCAAUCAAUUCAACAAACAAAUUCGAACCAUAUAAUCAUCAAGAAAGAACUUGGCUUUUCAGUGCAGUUGCAAUUGGUGCACUUUUAGCUGUUGUUCCAGUUUCACAUGGAAUUGCAAGAUUGGGAUGUCGACAAGUUUUCUUUUUGUCUGGAAUUUUAUCAGGACUUUCGACUGUUUUGGUUCCUGCAGCUGCUUCUUAUUCAUUACAAACAUUUUUAAUGAUGAGAGUUCUUCAGGUAAAAUUGAAGGAAUUUAUUACUGUCUAAAACAAACAACUUUUUGUUCCAAUAAUUUGAAACUUCUUUGGGAUCUAAUCAUUUUCGGCUCUUCUAACGUUCGAAUAUCAGUUUAUCCUUUUUUUCCUUUAUCUUCCAAGCUCUUCUUCUUAUAUAUAAUUGUUAGAAAUCAUAAUAUUUUUCCAGGGAAUAUCAUUUGCUGCUUGUAUGCCAACAGUCGGAAGUGUUACUUCAUCUUGGGCUUCUCUCAAACAAAAUGGUUUUUUCAUUGCAGUCCUCACAACUUUUGGACAACUUUCCUCUGUAUUUUCAAUGCCUCUUUCUGGCCAACUUUGUACAUCAUCUCUUGGUUGGCAAUCUGUUUUCUAUUUUCAUGCUGCAUUUUCAUUUAUCACAUUUAUUAUUUGGUAUAUAUUUUUCACUGAUUCACCAUCUUCAAAUGCCCGUGUUAGCACUCGCGAAUUAUCAGUUAUCAAUGCAAAUAAGUCCUCAGCUAGUCUUUCAGCUGAUCAUUCUUCAACUCCAUAUCUCGAAAUUAUUUCAACUCCAAGUAUUUGGGCUGUUUGGAUUGGUGCAUUGGGUGAUUUGGUGGCUGUUCAAUUAAUUCAUAUGUUUUCACCAUUAUAUAUCAGAGAUAUUCUUGGAUAUUCUGUACAAAAAACUGGUUUUGCUGCUGCAGUUCCUGUUCUUGUUCAAUUCUGUGUCAAAAUAUCAGCUGGACAUUCAUCAGAUCGAAUUCGAGGAGUAUCAGAAACUACAAAAAUUCGAAUUUUCAAUUCAAUUGCAUUGGGAUUAUCAGCUGUAUUUCUAGCUUGUUGUGGAUAUGUUCAACAAGGACAAGGACUUCUAGGACUUAUCCUAAUUUCAUUAGCAACUGCAAUGUUUGGUUUCAAUGGAGGAGGUUUCAAUAAAUGCGCAACUUUAGUUUCAAGACAAUACAGUCAUUUUGUUAUGGCAAAUAUUCAAUUUAUUUGGUGUUUAUCAAUGUUAAUCUGCCCAAUUUUGGUAAGUUAUUCAUUUAUAUAAUCCUAUUUUCCACAUUAUUGCAUUUCUUCUACUGGUGUAUUUUUCAGGUUUCAUUUUUGCUACCAACUUCUUCAGUUUCUGAAUGGCGUGUUGUUUUCUUUGCUCAUGCUGCUCUUCUUAUUCUUUCCAACAUAUUUUUCUGUAUAUUUGCAACAGCUAAACCAGCUUCUUGGACUGAUCGAACAAUAAGAAAUGCGGCCAGAAAGAAUCGACCAAUUUUUUCGACAAAUGUAUAA